GGAGCUGCUCACUGACCGAAGAAGAAUAACCCGGAAGUAGGUGGAUGCAGGCGCUAGUUAGCUAGCUACUUCACUUCAAAAUACGACUGAUAAAAAAUAUGUCCAUAUGCCAUUUCUGAUACGGUUGUGAUUAGCAUAGACAUUAUGUAAAAAAAAAACAUUGUAACUCUAACGAGCUAGACGCGAGGAGGCACAAAACAACUUUUGGUAAUUUAGCUUGUUUAGCUAACAAGUUAGCUGUCAAAUAGUUUCCACGACAACUGUUCCGACCCCCCGUUCUGAGGUGACAGUUUGUUUCGGUGGAAAUUUCUCCAAACCACAAAAGUCUACAGAAGAACUGUUGGGUCGAUUCACAAUGGAUGAGGACGGUGAUGGCAGAUCCAGCCUGUCUAACUCCUGUCCCACUCGACCUAAACCCACACAGUCACCAGUUCCUGUCAGGAACCACAGGAACCAGAGAACACUGCAGGGCCCCAAGCUGCUAGAAGUUGACUGGGAUUCUCUUUUUAGAGAGAGACAACCUCCACCAGGAGCAGCUAAACAACACCAGGAGAAUCUGCAGAAACCCAAGACAUUUCACGCCUGUCCAGUGUGUGGAAGACACUGCCAAAAGUUAUCCAUCCUGCAGAUCCACAUGAGAAUCCACACGGGAGAGAAGCCGUACCCCUGCCCCGACUGUGGCAAGAAGUUCGCUCACCUGGGAGCCAUGAGACGACACCACCUCACACACACGGGAGAGAAGCCUUACUCCUGCUCUGUGUGUGGGAAGAGUUUCACCCAAUCAGGACAUCUGAAAGAGCACCAACAGUCUCACUCCGGAGAGAAGCACCACUGUCUGAUCUGUCUGAAACAGUAUAUCAGAGCAGAAGAUCUGAAGAUCCACCACAGAGUUCACACGGGAGAAAGGCCCUACCGCUGUGCAGAGUGUGGCAAGAGCUACAUCAGGUCAAAGAAUCUCCGGGCUCACAAGCUGACUCACCAGAGGACAGGGGGUGGUGGUAAAAGUGACAGGGAGAUGGCAGCUACUAUCCAGGUGAAAGUGAAGGAGGAAGAAGAAGAGGAAGAGGUUGGUGGUUUCAUCAAUGCUGAAGGAGAGGAAGUUGGCUGGAGUUUCCCUGAUCUCAGUGAGAGUCCUGUCCAUGACUCUGGUAGUGAAGGAGGAAGUCCCCCUACAUCACACAUCAACAAGGAUCCCGGUGACCAAUCCAGCACCAAAGCUAUAGAGUCCCAGGGUCCCGAUCCAAGACAUGAGGAGGACAUCACUCAAACACCUGGGAUGAGCAUUCAUAUUGUAGAAGAGGAGAAGGAGGAAGUGAAAGAGGAGGAGGAAGUUGGUGGUUUCAUCAAUUCUGAAGGAGAAGAAUUUGACUGGGAUUCUGUUCAACAUAGAGAGAGCCCUAACUGUGGCUUAGACAGCAGAGCGAGUCCCGCCACAUCAGAACAUCCUGAACCCCAGGAGAGUCACAAAACUAAGACGUCUCACUGCUGCUCAGUGUGUGGCAGAGAGUGCUACAAGCUCUCGGUACUACAGAUCCACAUGAGAAUCCACACGGGAGAGAAGCCGUACCCCUGCCCCGACUGUGGCAAGAAGUUCGCUCACCUGGGAGCCAUGAGACGACACCUCCUCACACACACGGGAGAGAAGCCCUACUCUUGCCCUGUGUGUGGGAAGAGUUUCACCCAAUCAGGACAUCUGAGGGAGCACCAGCAGUCUCACAGUGGAGAGAAGCCUCACAUGUGUCUGGUCUGUGGGAGAGGGUUCUCUAGAGCGUCAGACCUCCGGAUCCACCACAGAGUUCACACAGGGGAGAGGCCGUACAGCUGUGACUACUGUGGGAAGAGAUACGGCCGCUGUCAGAAGCUACGGGCUCACCAACGGACACACCACAGAGACCGGACGCACGCUGAUACUGGAGAGGAGACGGAGUUAUUGGACACUCAUAUGGGCUACCACAACAAAACACCCGUAUGGUCCACGGCAACACAACACCCGUAUGGUCCACGGCAACACAACAACCGUAUGGUCCACGGCAACACAACACCCGUAUGGUCCACGGCAACACAACACCCGUAUGGUCCACGGCAACACAACACCCGUAUGGUCCACGUCAACACAGCACCCGAUGAUGUUAACAACCAGCCCAGCCCGUCCCCAUCCCACAGCCCCUCUGCAUCAGGAGAACCGGAUCAAGAGGACCAAACAGAACCAUCCAAAACCUUUUCUCACUGUUGUCUGGACUGUGGGAAAGAGUUUUCCCGCCCAUGUGACCUGGUGAGACACCAGAGGGUACACACAGGGGAGAAGCCCUACCCCUGUCCUGACUGUGGCAAGAGGUUCGCCCACUCAGGAGGCCUCCGAGAACACGAGAGGAUACACUCCGGAGAGAAGCCUCACUCCUGCUCUGUGUGUGGGAAGAGCUUCACCCAGAAGGGAAGUCUUAGAGUCCACCUACGGACACACACGGGGGAGAGACCUUAUUCUUGCGCCGUCUGUGGCAAGAGUUACACCCAAAAUGAAUUUUUGAAAGUGCACCAGCGAACACACACGGGAGAGAGGCCCUACUCCUGCUCUGUGUGUGCCAAGGGCUUUGCUCAGAUAGGAAACCUGAAGAAACACCAGCGGAUUCACACCGGGGAGAAGCCUUACCAGUGCCUGGAGUGUGGCGCCAGUUUCACCCAGAAGGACAGCCUGAAGAUGCAUCAGAGGUCUCACACGGGAGAGAAACCUUGCGUCUGCCCCGAGUGCGGGAAGGGUUUCCGCGACAACGGGCACCUGAAAGUCCACUUGAGAGUGCAUACAGGGGAGAAGCCGUACUCCUGCCCCGACUGUGGGAGACGGUUCAGCCAGGCAGACGUCCUGAAGAGACACCAGAUGGUGCACACAGGGGAGAAGCCGUACUUCUGCGCCCUGUGUGGGAGGAGGUUCGCCCAGCCUGCCACUCUGAAGUACCACCUCCGGACCCACGCAAGAGAGAACCAGACAGGAGGGCCUCAAUGCUGCCCAGUGUGUGGACAGGACCUCCCUACAGAGCAGGCUCUGAGAAAACACCUACAGGCACACAUGGGGGAGGACCUCGGUCACAACGGGGGACAGGAAGACGGGGAGGAGGAAGUUGGUGGUCUGAUCAAUUCUGAUGGAGAGGACGUUGGCUGGGACCCUUCUCAUCUUAGAGAGAGUCCUGUCCGUGGCUCCGGUAGUGAAGAAAGUCUUCCUACAUCAGACAUCAACAAGAAUCCGGGUGACCAAUCCGGAUCUGGAUCGUCACCUGACGACAGAGAGGUCUUCAGUCAGACACUGGGUCCUGACGACAGAGAGGCCUUCAGUCAGACACUGGGUCCUGACGACAGAGAGGCCUUCAGUCAGACACUGGGUCCUGACGACAGAGAGGCCUUCAGUCAGACACUGGGUCCUGACGACAGAGAGGCCUUCAGUCAGACACUGGGUCCUGACGACAGAGAGGUCUUCAGUCAGACACUGGGGAUGAACAUUAAAGUAGUGGAGGAGGAGGAGCUGGAGGACUUGAGUCAAACUGUUGGGGUGAUGGUUAAAGAAGAAGAGGAAGAGGUGGAGCUGGAGGACUUGAGUCAAACUGUUGGGAUGACGGUUAAAGAAGAAGAGGAUGAGGAAGUCAGCAGAUUCAUUCAGUCCCCAGUAGAAGUGGACUGGGAGGCUGUUGAACUUAGAGAGAGUCCUAACUACUGCUCAGACCGUGAGGAGAGACCUCCCCAGCAGGAGAAUCACACAGCUAAACACCAUCAUCACCACACAGAGAACACAAGCCUCACUCCUGCUCCGACUCUAUUUGAAGGACCUGAUCAAAGCCAUUGAUUAGGAAAUAAUUAGGUUCAUGAUAUCAUUUAGUUACUGUACCCUAUUACAGAUAUGUAUGUUUAAUUAAUUGCCUUUGAUUGAAUAAAUGAUGGUUGCAA